CACACACACACACACACACACACACACACACACACACACACACACACACACACACACACACACACACACACACACACACACACGCUCUCUCUCUCUCUGACUCGCACACACACACAUGCUGCGCUGACUCUCCCCCCACCGGCGACUGGAGAUGGAUAACUCACUCCUCGUCGACUCUCGCCUGCCGCUCACGAGCACGAAGAUUCUUACUGGACUCUCGCCCUUGGACGUCGCUCACUUGCCUCCCCCGUCCGUCACUACCCUUCCACAGCUCUUUCAACAUCGUGCCAGGACACAACCGAACAGCCUUGCGUUUUCGUGUCAGACCAACGAGAAUGGCCUCCACACCCUCACAUAUGCCGAGGCGGAUGGCAUUGCAGCAUCUCUCGCCGUCCGUCUAGCGGCACUCCACUCAUGCCGCGAUGCAGCAAGCAAUCAAGCCCCCACCGUCGCCGUCUGGUUCGAGAAGGGCAUCGAACUCAACCUCAGUAUACUCGCGACAACAUACUCCGGCGCAACCUGGCUGCCCUUUGACGCGGAUGUCCCAGUAGAGCGAGCUGCCGUCUGCCUCCUCGACGCCGCUGCCACCGUCAUCCUCUGCGACGAUGCCCACUUGGAAAGGGCCCGCGCCGUUGAGCAGCAGGUCGAGAUGGCUUUGACUGCCGCGGGAAAGAGCUCGCUUCAGAUCCGGACCUUCGCCUCUCUGUCAGCAGAUACCCCAAACUUCACAACGAUCGAUCGAUCACUCCUCCGCGGGCCGAGACCGCGAGACGCCGCGUAUUUGAUAUAUACUAGCGGCACAACGGGCACUCCGAAAGGCAUUGCUAUCCCGCACAGUGCCGCCCUCACAUUCGCCCUGAGCGAGAAUGCGGUCCUUCAAAUCACCCCCAAAGACAUCGUGUGGAAUGGAUUCAGUCCGGCCUUUGACAUGUUUGUGGAAGAGAUGUGGAUCACCGUGGCAGGUGGUGGACACCUCACCAUUGGCACGCGCGAGGAAUGCAGGAACGCACCCGGCUUGCCUGCCAUCUGGGCGAGUCGUGGCGUUUCCGUCGUCCAUGCGGUCCCCACUCUGAUCGGCAUCAUGGGCAUCGCCCAGGCCGACGAAAACGCUUCAAUCCUCCCUUCAUGCGUUCGUCUUAUCAACCUGGGCGGAGAAGCAUGCCCGCCAGCGUUGGUGACUCGUCUUGCGAGGCCUGGACUGCGCAUCACAAAUACCUAUGGCCCGACCGAGGCCACCGUUACUGCGACGUGGGACGAGCUGGAGCCCAAUCAACCCGUCACGAUCGGCAGACCACUUCCAUCCUACCACGUUUGCUUCCUACCGAUUGCAGAAGACGGGUCGUCCGCUCCGUUGGAACCACUCGAGCUGGUCGAAGGCGUCGAAGGCGAGCUUGCCAUCGGUGGCCCUUGCGUCGGACUCGGGUACGUGAAUCGCGAUGAGCUCACGGCACAAAAGUUCAUUCCCCACCCUCUCGCACCGGCAAGCGACGAGCGACUCUACCGGACUGGGGACCGAGUGAAGCUGCGAGCCGACCGGAAGAUCAUUUUCCUCGGCCGAAUCGACACACAAAUCAAGCACCGCGGCUUCCGGAUCGAGCUGGGUGAGAUCGAGUCGCUGGUAUCCAGCGCCUCGGGCGUGCAGGCCGCUGCCGUCAUUCUGGCCAAUCCAGGCACAGAUGCUGCGCGCUUGGAAGCAUUUGUCGUGACCCGGCCAGAGGCGGAUCGCAAUGCCGACCUGAUCCAUCAGCUUGCUGUGCAGCGCCUGCCCAGCUACAUGCGACCCGAAGAGAUCUUUUUCCUAGACGCCGACGAAAUGCCCAGGCUGCCGAGUGGCAAGAUCAAUGCCAAAGCCCUACACGACGUUUCCGCUCGGAAGAUCGCCGAGCUUGCAGCAGCAGCAAAUGGAUCCCUCGAUGACAGCUCGUCCGAAACCACCGCAGCAGUCGACGCAAAUACACCCCUCGGCAUCUUGCUGAGCACACUCUCCUCCAUCUUUCCGCAAGCCGGCAGGAUCAAGCCCGAUAUGGACUUCUUCGAUGAUUUGGGUGGCCACUCCCUCUUGGCCGCCGUCCUGGUGUCACGCUUACGACGAACGCAAUCAGACACUGAUGCACAUAUGCCCUUUGCUUCCAUUGGCAUGCCGGACAUCUACGAAGGCCGCACCCCGGCCAACAUCGCCGCACGAUUUACCGAACCCGAUCAUGGCGAUGACAGCACCAUUGCAGCGGCGGACGAGUUGGACGACGUUGAUGGCACCGGCCCUCAGACGGGCAGCAUUCUGCCGGUGUCGCAGACGAAGUUCGUCCUCUGCGGCGUGGCCCAAAUUGUGCCAUUGCUCUUCUUCUUCUUCGUUCACUCAAUCGAGAUCUUGGUGCCGUAUUUGAUCUUCGACUUCCUCGCUGUGCAUGCCACCAUCGGGUGGGCGAUUCUGGCGACCUAUGGUGUCUUCGUGGCAAUACCACCCACCCUAGCCAUCCUGGCCAUCCUGGGCAAAUGGCUCGUCCUCGGCCGUGCGAAAGCUGGCGAGUACCCGUUGUACGGCGUGUACUACUUCCGUUGGUGGCUGGCCGAGCGUUUCGCGGCAUUGGCCAACCCGAAGCUCGUUGCCGACUCCGCCCUCUACCCCUUCUUAUUACGAGCUAUGGGUGCGAAGGUGGGCACCCACUGCCACAUGGGCACAAUGGCGAUUGGCGCAGCGUGUGAUCUUAUCGACAUUGGAGACGACGUUGUCGUAGGCGCUGAUGUCGUUCUUGCCGUCAGCCUGGUGGAAAGGGGGCGACUUGUUCUCAAAAACGUCGUGAUUCGCGACAACGCCAUCAUCGGUUCGAACAGCGUUGUUGAGGGAGGCGCCAUCGUUGGUGAAGGCGCUGAGAUUGGGGCUUUGUCCAUGGUGCCCGACGGGAUGACGAUUCCGGAGUACCAACGCUUCCACGGCUCACCAGCGCAAUUCGACCGGGAGGUCAAAGAGGGCGAAGGCGCCCGUGGACCAGCGACUCGCCCCUCGAAAGCCCGUGCAGCCGCACUUAUGUUGGGCAAUGCGUUGCUUGGGGCCUUUGCGCUGCCUCUGCUUUACUUUGUCCCACAAAUCCCCGGUCUGGUGCUUUUCGACUACCUCCAGUUGAGAAGCAUCGGCAAAUGGGGCCAGGUGGCCGUCUUGUCCUUGCCCAUCACCCUGGCUUAUCAGCUCCUUGUCUUCGCUCAAGUCACCGCCCUACGCUACCUCGUCCUCGGCCGGCUCAAGGAAGGAACCUUCAAGAUUUACAGUCUCUGGUAUCUACGCAAGUGGUUUGUGGACCGGGUGAUGGAUCUCGCGCUCGAUAUCUUGCACCCCGUCUUUGCCACGCUCUACAUCAUUCCCUUCCUCAGGGCUCUUGGUGUCAAGAUUGGCCACCGAGCCGAGGUGUCGACGGCUCGAGGUCUGCCAUUCGAGCUGCUCGAAAUUGGCGAGGAGUGUUUUGUUGCCGACGCGGUCCUUGUCGGCGAUGCCGAAAUCCGAGGAAACGAGCUCACCCUCAAGAAGACCAAGCUUGAGGCUCGCGCCUUUGCCGGAAAUGCAUCGCUGCUGCCCCAGGGGACGACACUAGCUUCGGGAACAUUGGUUGGUGUUCUAUCCAUUGCACCUCCGGCCGACAAGCCGCUGGCCAAGGAUAGUUCCUGCUUCGGGUCUCCACCGGUCCUCAUGCCCGCUCGACAUCGCAUCGAAGGUUUCGAGGACCAGCUCCGAUUCAACCCCUCCAAAGGCCGUGUUGCGGCGCGUCUGCUGAUCGAAGGCAUCCGCAUUAUCCUGCCUCGUGCCCAAAUCGUCUUCAGCAUCGGUUUCUCCUUGCAGAUUGCGUACCUGGGCUACGCUGGCAUCGGCGCAGUGAACACGCUGGUCAUGCUGUCGGCCUUCUACCUGUUCCUCUUCGCCAUUCCUUCCUUGUUCCUCACUGCCUUGCUCAAGUGGGUCCUCAUUGGGCGCUACAAGCCAGCGGACUGGCCGCUAUGGAGCCUCAACGUCUGGCUGAGCGAAGCAGUGACGAGCACCUGGGAGACGAUCGCGGAGCCCCUACUUGCGGCGCAGCUGGUUGGGACUCCAUACUUGGCAUGGUGCUUCCGGUUGAUGGGCGUCAAGAUUGGAUCGCGCGUCACGUUGCUGUCGAGCGACAUUACCGAGUACGACUGUGUCAGCAUUGGAGACGAAGCCAUGGUCAACCAGCGCUGCGGAGCGCAGACGCAUCUCUUCGAGGACCGGGUGAUGAAGGUGGGCCGCGUCGUCAUCGGCAAGCAGGCGUGCGUCAAGCCUCUGUCGGUCUGCCUGCCCGGCAGCACCGUGUCUGACGGCGCGCAAGCCGGCUGUCUGUCCCUCGUGAUGAAGGGCGAAUGUUUGCCAGAGAACACGGCAUGGGAAGGGACGCCCGUUGUGCCGCGGAUGAAGCGGGGGCGAGCAUCGCCAGUGCCGUAUCUCCCGAGCACGGAUCGUAUUCUACGAAGUAAGAAGUCAUGGAGCUCGAGUAGUGCGGAGGCAAUCAGCACCAAUGCGACGACACGCGCGCCGAGUCGCGCACCGAGCAAGGAGAGCGUUUAGUCUGUACGUGUACAUAGAAAAUAAUAUAAUAGCUUUUCAAUCGCUCAGCUGAAGUCGGUGGUGUUUCAAC